CGUAUAAACCCAAUUAUACAACAUUAGACAAGUAGACAACUAUGAAUAUGAAAAUGAACUAACCAACUAACGACAACUGAAAUAAAGGCAAAGAGGCACAAACAUGGAAGGGGGAGCUGCUUCUACUCUGUUCUUCAUAACUUGUUUAUUUAGUUCUCAAAUCUUAAUACCGAUGUAUUUGGUCUAAUUAAUUCAUUCCACUUACAAAUAAAUUACUGUACAAGUUAAGAUGGGGAAAACAGGAAAAUGGUUCAAGAGUUUUCUGACUGGAAAAAAAGAGAAAGAUCAGAAGAAUAGUAUUGGAAAUUGCAUCAAUAAUCAGUCUAAUUCUACAAAUCAUCAAAAUCCCACUACUCCUAAAGAGAAAAAAAGAUGGAGUUUUCGUCGAUCUUCUAUUACUAAUACUACUACUACUACCACUACUGCUAAAUCUGCUGAUGCAAUCAAUGCACAGCCGAAUGAAUUAGGAGAGUCGGCAGCAGCAGCAGCAGCUGCGGCUGCUGCUGUGCUCGAGAAGCCUGCACACGAGGGAGAUACCGACAGUUGUGCUGCAGUGAGUAAUGCAACAGUCGGACCGGCAAAUCCUGUCAAUAAUUGCAUUCUAGAGGAAGCUGCUGCUGUCAAGAUUCAGUCUGUUUAUCGCUCUUAUUUGGCAAGAAAAGCACUAAAGGCUUUAAGAGGAUUAGUGAAGUUGCAGGCAUUAGUAAGGGGUCAUUUGGUAAGAAAGCAAGCAACAGCAACAUUAAGAUGUAUGCAAGCCCUUGUAACAGCUCAGGCUCGAGCUCGAGCUCAAAGGAUCCAGGCAGUGGAUGAAGGGAAGAUCAGUAACCACAGGCAAUCUACACACAGAAGGAGCAGUCAAGAAAAGAUCAAGCAUAUUCAUCCUGACAUGGAAGAGAAUAUAAAGAUAGUAGAAAUGGACAGGGGAGAAUUCAGAUCAAACAUAAACAGCAGGAACAGCUACUCAAAUCCAAGCCAACAACAUGUAAAUGAAAGAAUGGACAACAGCAUAUCAACCUAUUAUUCUUCCCCAAAUCCAAAACUAUACAUACAGGAUCCAUAUCCACAAUACUGCCCUGCACCAUCAGGAAUCACAGACAUGAGUCCAAGAACCUGCAGUGGCCAUUUUGAGGAUUACUCUUUCGCUACUGCACAAAGCAGUCCGCAAUGUAACUCUGCUCUGUCGAGGCCAGACACUUGUGCGACACCCUUCUCGUUCCCUAAGCCUGAAUAUGCCGAGACAAUGUCCUACGAUUUUCCGCUCUACCCCAAUUAUAUGGCUAAUACUGAGUCCUCGCGAGCCAAAGUUCGAUCACAAAGUGCACCGAAACAAAGACCUGAGUUUGAGAGGCAGCCUAGUAGGGGGCGAAGGGCCUCUAUUGAAGGACGGAACAUACCAAAGGGGGCUAAAAUGCAACGCUCAUCGUCUCAUGUUGGGUCGACUGCACAAAACUAUCAGUAUCCUUGGUCAGUCAAGCUUGAUAAAUCGACUGUUUCGCUUAGAGAUAGUGAGUGUGGUUCGACUUGUUCGAUGGCUACCAAUGCUUACUACUGCAGAUCAGUUGUAUCAUAUGAUCCAAGAUGCUAGAGUUGGUAUAUUCAAGCUUACAAGCAUGAUGUAGUCACAAGAAAGGGAAAGAGCAUUGAGAAGUCAAAGGUUUCUCUUAAUUUUAUUAAUUUGGGUGUGAUAAUUUAAGGAAUGUCAUCAAUCUUGUGUAUUAAAAGUUUCUUUUUCUUUUGUAAUUUAUGUUUUAUAUGUACUUGUUUUUAUUGUUCUUGAGGCAAGCAACAAAGAAAUUACAAUGUUGUGGAGAGAGUAGUGAUACAACAUGAUCUAUAUAUGUUGUCUAGGUUUUAAUUGAAUGCCAUAAGUUGUGAUAAAAAAACCUCUUCCACAUAUAACAUUUUGUUUAUAAAAAGUUAAAAGUUGGGCAUACAACUCUUCUUCGUCUUAUAAA